AUGGGACGAAAAAAAAUCCAAAUAAACCCAAUUAUGGAUGAUCGUAAUAGACAGGUCACAUUUCUCAAGCGAAAACACGGCUUGGUCAAAAAAGCAUACGAACUUAGUGUCCUAUGCAACUGUGAUGUUGCACUCGUGGUAUUCAAUAAUGUCAGCGGUAAACUAAUCGAGUACUCAAACACGGACAUUGAUACCGUAUUAAACAAGUAUGCAGAGAACAAACAUAAACCACACGAGGUCAAAUCAAAUGAAGACUUUAAAACACCCCCACAAUCCAAAGAAAAUCAGGAAGAGUCAACGAGCAAUGAGAUAACAUUGGCUCAAGACAACGACGAUUCCCGUAGUAUACGAUCCACUACUUCUCUGAUAACCCAAGAGUUUUCUGUUUCAUAUCCACACCCACAAGUACAAGCACAAGCACAAGCACAAACACAAUCUUAUCAAAACACAGCACAACAUCAGAUCACUCCCUACGGUUACCCUGUAAUGUCUUAUUAUUCCUCCGAUUCAAGAUCAUCCCACCAAAACACUGGCUACAAUUACCACCAAGCCAGUAUGCACUCCAACUAUCAAUUCCAGAACCCACAAUAUUCAACACCACACCCUUAUCAUGGAUACAUGCAACAGUCUGGAUCGAAUUAUCACUCUAGUGCAACGCCAUCAUCAUCAUCUUCUUCUUCUUCUUACCAAACUGGAAUCUCACAAACUCUUCCGUGGCCCACGCCAUCCAUAACAGCAAACACAAUGUGCCAAGAGUUAUGUAAUCCGACCAUCAAUUACCAACCACAGCCAUCUCAUGGCUUCCAGCAUCCGAUAAAAACUGAACUCGAGUGUGAUGGGAAAAAUGGGGAUGGUGAUGCCAAUUCUAGGGAUAAAAGCAGCAGAUCUGACCAAAUAUUGUCCAGAAAACGAACAAUGAUGGCCGAAACUCAAUCUCUUAACCAUAGCACCAACAAAAAGAGAAAUGAGAAAGGACAUCCAUCACGGUCGUCAUGUAGCUCACAUCAGCAACAGCCAGCAGGGUCGGGUUUGUCAGAUUUCUACACACAUAGUGGGAUACCUAGUCCUUUUACAUCGCCAAUUUCCAAUACUAUCGAACCUCCGUUUGAUUGGAAAACAGAAAGACCUUUAUUUUCAAAGCACCCAAAGCCAUCAUAA